AAAUCAAUAGCAUUCUGCUUAUAAUUGAUUGACUCACCACCAAAAAAGAUAGAACACUUCCCAAGAUUACAGUUCAACCCAGAUUGCCAAUAGAAAUGAUCUAGGACCUGUUUCACUAUCUUUAUCGCUCUUCCUUAUCCUACUGUAAAAAUCAAUAGAUCGUUAGCAACACAGAGGUGAUUUAAGGAAACAUUGCUACAAAAAGGAUGAUAGGGGAUCAUCCCUUGUAGAGACGUUCUAUUUAGCAUACCAGUAAGAACUUCCAUUGCAAUUGUGAAGAGGUAAGGUGGGAGAGGGUCACACUGCCUCACUCACUUCUUUGAACUAAAGAACCCUUUCAUAUCCCAUUAACACAGACACUAAAAUAUGGUUGUAGAGACGCAAGUAUAAAUCCAAUCCAAGUUGAUGCUAUGGUAAUUAGUCUUAUUAUUUAUAGAAAAGUUUGAUUGAUACACUUUCUCCUUAUGGACAUGGAGAAAAAAAAAGAGUGAGGGCAAAAGUAGAAAGAGAGUUGGUAUUCUACAAAUUGUUUAUAGUCAAAUGUUAUUCCACACAUUAAAAGAUAAUAAAAUAAAGAUAAAAAUACAUCUAUAUAGCAAAAAUUGUUAUCUUUGUGACAAAUAUGGACAUAUUUUCUAUUAUCUAUUUGGGUUAAUUGCAUGGUUGGUCAUUGAGAUUACAAAAAACGUUCAAGUUUGGUCACUCAAAAUAUUUAAAUCCAUUGGUGGUACUUCAGUUUACCGAAAUCGUUCACGUUUGAUCACUCUCCGUCCAACUCCGUUAAUUUUUGCUUAUGUGGCGGUCAACUCUAAAAGUUGACUGUUAAAUGUGUGACGUGGCAUUUAAAAUAAUAAAUUAAAUAAAAUUAAAAUUUUCAAAAUUGACAUCUCAUUUCCACCUCAUUGUACCUUUUAUUUAAAAUAAAUAAAAUCCCUAAUUCUACUAAACCCCAAUAUCAAUACCCGCCGGCAGCAUACCCCCCGUCGCUGCCGCUUCCAUUUGUUGUGUUGUGGAGCUGAUGGGUUACUCCACUGACGGCGGAUUCACGGCCAAGCUACAGGAGUGGUGAGGGGGAUCGAGAGCGUGGAGGAGGUAAUCAAGCUGCUCAACCAGUAGCAGUUCUACCAGGAGGAGGCUUCUGCUUCCGGCUCCUCUUCUUCCUCCACCGUCGUCGAUGAUCGGAACAUCCAGGCGGUUACGGAUUUGGCUGUUUAUAAGUUCAGGAAGGUGAUUCCUCUCCUCGCAAGCCGAAUCGAACCGGCCAAGCCAGAUUCAGAAGAGCCCCCAUUCCCGCUUCUGCUUCUACCUCCGCCGCCGCCGUCAGAGUCAUUCAUCCGUCGGAGAAGAAGAUCGUUAAGGAUCAGCCCGGGCCGUCAUCUUACUCUGCUCCGAUGAUUGUUCCUCCGACGGCGAAGCAAAGGUAUUUCUCUGUUUCCGGUGGCUCGGAGUUCAAGGUAUACCAGCCGACUCCGAUUCACCUGUUGCCUCCCCUGCCGACCAACCACCAUUAGAAAGCGUUCGCGGUGGCGAAGGAGAGGAACGAUUUGGUCCCGUCUUCCACCAUCAUUUUCUCGAAUUCACCUUCCAUCUCCGCCGCUGCUACCUCGUUCAUUUCUUCCCUGAUGGGGGAUACCAAAAGUAUGUAGAGAUCUAUGUCGUCUUUCAGGGUUUUAGUUCACCCACCCUUCUCACGGAAGCCUCCCUUGUCUUCUUCCUCCCUCAAGAGGAAGUGCAGCUCCAUGGAUGACAUCAGAUGCAGCUCCUCCUCCGGCCGGUGCCAUUGCUCCAAGAAAAGGAUGAAAAGAGUGGUGAGAGUUUCAGCAAUCAGCAGCAAUGGAAGCGGCAACGACGGCGAAGAUCAUCGAAUGGAUCUAUUGGGGGUUCCUUUUGGACCAUUGGAGGAACUGGAUCUUUUCCAUUUGAUGAGCGUUGUGUUGAGCAGGAUCUAUUGCUUUGGUUUCAUCGAAUGGUGAAUUCCAGAGCUGAAAGCUUGAACUUUUAAUUUUGUCAUUCCAUCAUGAUUGCUCGACUUUAAAUAAUGAUGUGGAAAUGAUGUGCAAAUGAGAUGGAAACAGUUCCUAAUUAGAAGAAAUUAGUUUUUUAUUUAUUUUAAAUAAAGUGGUAAUGAUGUGAAAAUGAGAUGACAAUUUUAAAAAAUUUAAUUUUGUUAAAUUAAUUAUUUUUAAAUGGCCACGUCACACAUUUAACGGUCAACUUUUAGAGUUGACCUCCACGUAAGCAAAAGUUAACGGAGUUGGACGGAGAGUGACCAAACGUGAACGGUUUCGAUAAACUAAAGUACCACCAAUGAAUUUAAAUAUUUUGAGUGACCAAACUUGAACGUCUUUUGUAAUCUCGGUGACCAACCAUGCAAUUAACCCAAAAAAUAAGUGAAUAUUGUUGGAACAAAAUAUAUUAGACUAAUUACUAACACCUCCUGAUCUCCUUCUACCCUCAAGAACAUCACCUCUAUCCCUCCCUCAAACUCCACUCCCACUACCCAAAAUCCCUUCUCAUCGCUCCCUAAUCCGUCCCAUUUCCCUCUUUGCAGCACUAGGCGACAAACGCCGUUGAAGUUCAACGAUCUCUAUGCGAGCAACGGUGAGAAAAGAAGCAAGGAGCUCUCCAAGUCCCUUGCACGCGACGAUUAUGGCGGCAAGGAGGCCGAAGGCAGCCUCAGAGACAGCAGUCGAUGAUGACGAUCUCAACCACUCUAUCUUUCGAUUCUCGCCUCUCCAUUCCCCAGUACCAGAGAUCGAUUUAGAGUACCAGAAAGCAGAAAUAGAGGCUGUAGCCAACAUUUUUGUUUUGAUAGUUGAAUGGUGGGUUUGCAAUUUUGCGUGCAACAAGGGAGGCAUUCCCAGGAGGAGAAAUGCAGAUCAAAGAAGAUCGAGAAAGAAGAAGAGAGGCACAUUGAGAAAAACGAGGGACGGUUGAGUAUUAGAGGAAGCAGAGAUCCUUCUUCUCAUUUGCUUUGAUUUUUAUUUUUAUUUUCCCCCAAUUUUUAUUCAAACGACAGCAUUUGAGAGGGGAUUAAUGUCAACCCAGUUUUCGGUUUAAAAUCGGAUCAAACCCAAUCCUGUCACGAUUGAAACCAGAUGUCAUCCAAUCUCGUCUCUAGUGGCGAACCCAAGAUUAUUGGAUAAGUCGACCGAUAAAAAUAUGUUAAAAAUAAAGAAUAAAUAAAUGAAUUAAACAUGAAUAUAAAUAUAUUAUUCAUAAAGUUCACAAUUUUAUUGUCUUUUACAGUUAUAAGAUUUCUUAAUUACAUUUUAUGGCCAAUUCCGAUCGUUCUUGAUUAACUUCAUAUAUGAAAAGGGUAAUUUUGCGUCUUGCAGUUGCAAGACGUAAAAUCAACACUAAUUAACUUAAGAUGGGAAAACAAAGCUGAAAUGGAAAGUUGGAAGGCUGGAGCAAGCGUCAAUGUGGAAGUUUGAAUAAGAAUUAGAAUCGUCGGCUUGCUGCCGAGAAUCGGAGGGUGGAGCAGAAAGCAAAGAACUGCUAUGGGUUGGGGAUUCUAUUUCCUAGUGACACUCAACAGACAGAAAAAGAAACGAAAAAUCUGAACUAAAAGGGACAAGGGGAUGAACAAGUUUUAGUGGAGAUGUAUUUUUCAUUUUUGUCAAAUAAAAAAGGAAGUGAUGCGAUAAAAUGAGUAUAAAAAUUAUCGAUCGACUAAUAAAGUUAAGUAUAUUAUCAUCUCAUAAUGAAUGGUACAACUCUAGAUUUAACAAUUAAAAUUAAGCAACAGAAAAUAA